AUCUUGUCCACCCGCCAGCGUCCUGGAAUGUGCUGACCGCAGCGGCCCAGCCUAAUCCCAGCUCUGCCCCGUGGGGCCAGCUGAGCCUCUGGAGCAGGGCAGCAGGGGGGGCGGGGCUGCGCUGGGCCGGGGGCACAGGCCGGAGGCACCAGGUGGUCUGACGGCGUCCCCCCAGCCCCUCCUCGCUUGACCACAGGGGAGGGUGUGGGUCCCUGAGAUCCUGGAGGCGGGGUGGGGGGCUGCCUCAACCACGCCCUUCCCGCAAAAAUGGGGGAGAAGCUGCUUUCCCAGGUGCCUGAAGGAUCCUAAGAAGCGAGGUGAACUUCGAGAGGCAGACAGGCCCCGAGGCAAUGGGGGUGGGGAGGGGCCGCCCUGUCCCUGGAGCUUGAAUGGAGGACCUGCUGGUGGGGGAGGGCGAGAGGCUGAGGACGGAGGGAGAGGUGGGGGCAGGGAAAGGCACAGUGACCUCAUCAGCCACCCUUGGGGUGCGGCUCCCGAGCCCCCGCCCAGCCCGGCCCGCCUAUAUCCCCAGGCUCUUGCUGCUCCCAGCAGAAGCUGGAGAGAUGACACUGCAGUUUGAAGCCUUCUAUGCAGGGGGCCUGGCCCCGGGCUGGAACCUGCUAGUCCAGGGACACUCUGACUCUGGAGAGGACAAGUUUGAGAUCAACUUCCUGUCUGAGACAGGGGACAUCGUCUUCCACAUCAAGCCCCGGUUCUCCAGUGCCACCAUCGUGGCCAACACCUUCCAGGGCGGCCACUGGGGCCAGGAGGAGGUGUCCAAUGUCUUCCCGCUGGUGCUCGGGGAGCCCUUUGAGAUGGAGGUCAGCUCGGAUGCGGAACACUUCCAUGUCCACGCCCAGGAGCACAAGGUGCUGCAGUUCUCCCACCGCCACAGGCCACUGGCCGCCAUCACCCGGGUGCAGGUGCUGAGUGACCACCGCCUGGCCCAGGUGGAGCUGGCCAGGAGAGGCCUGAGCUGGGGGGACGUGGGCUACUGAGCUGUGUCUGAAGUCCCAGGAUCGAGCCUUGGCCAUUGGCCGUCCCACGCCCAGUGAAACCCACGCUGGGGAAGCUGUGGGGAGGGCCCUGUGGUUCUGGCCCCCCACUCCAGCUCCACCUUCAAUAAAAUUUAAGCAGGCUG